AUGGUAGUCUUGGCCGCAUCAAUUUGUACCCGUGGCGGUAAACCAUUGCUAUCAAGACAAUUCAGAGACAUUUCCAAAGACAGAAUCACUGCCCUCUUGGCCAAUUUCCCAAGUUUAAUUUCCAAUUCCUCAAGUCAACAUACAACCGUUGAAGAUGAAAAUGUGAGAUAUGUAUAUCAACCAUUAGAAGAAUUUUACAUUGUUUUAAUUUCAAACAAAACGUCAAACAUUUUGCAAGAUAUUGAUACUUUGCAUCUUUUUGCAUCAGCUGUUUCCAACUUGUUGCGUAACAUCGAUGAACGAGAAAUUUUCGAUUGUGCAUUUGAUAUCAUUGAUGCGUUUGAUGAGAUUAUCAAUAUGGGAUAUAAAGAGAAUUUAACCAUUAGUCAAGUUCAAACAUUUUUGGAGAUGCAUUCACACGAGGAGAAAAUUCAAGAGAUCAUUGAAAGAAAUAAGGAAUUUGAAGCUGCUGAAGAGAGGAAAAGAAGAGCCAAAGAGAUUCAAAGAAGAGAAUUGGCAAAUAGAAACAAUGACGAUUUUGGUCAAAGGUUUGGAGGCUCUGGUGGUAUUGGUGGUGGUGGUGGUGCUUCUUCUUACUCCAACUUGAGUCAACCUAUUACACAACCAGUUUAUCAACCUCCAUUGCCUAUAGAAACUGAAAAAGAAUCGAAAUCUGCAUUCAGUUCAAGACCAAGAGGUGGUGGACUACAAUUGGGUAAAAAAACCCAUAAGCCAACUGCACCAGGGAAUGAACCAUUAUUGAGCAAUCAGCCCGCCUUCAACAAACCUUCCACUUCAGCAACUCCACAAUACCAACAAUCACCAGCACCAGUAUCCAAAACAGCCUCACCUGGCCCACUGGCCCCCAAAGUACCCAAUAAUGGUAUCCUUGUUACUGUAAAUGAGAAAGUUAAUGCGCGUUUGUCUCGUGAAGGAUCAGUAAUUUCAUCUGAAGUUAAAGGUGAUUUACAAUUGAGAAUUAAUGAUCAAUCAUUAGCCAAUGCCAAGAUUUUGUUGAAGAUUAGUGAUAAAGCCGACAAGAAGCAAUACAAGACGCAUCCAAAUGUUGAUCGAAACUUGUUUCAAAAUGAAAGUAUAUUAACCGUCAAGGAUAAAUCAAAAACUUUUCCAUCCAAUGACCAAGCUUUGGGGGUUUUGAGAUGGAGAUAUGUUGGUAAACAAGAUGACUUGACUUCAAUCCCAGUGUUGAUUACUGCUUGGGUAAACAUUGAUGAUAAUUCUACAACUCAAGUUACACUAGAGUAUGAGUUGACUUCGGAUUUCACAUCAUCACAUCCAAAUGAAUCCUUCAAAGUUGAAAAUGUCAAGGUGUUGAUUCCAAUUGUAAGUCAUGAUGUAGUAUUACAAGAUGGCAACGAUGCUAUUUCGUAUGACAUUUUGGAUCAAACAGGAAUUGUAUUCAAUAUCGGUUCAAUUGCAAUUGAUGACCCACAGGGCUCAUUUGAAUUUACUGUGCCCGUUGAAAGUGGUGACGAAGAGUCGUUGUUCCCCUUGGAGGUCCAAUUUGAUAUAAACAAUGUUGAUUUGGUUGAAAGUGAUGUUUCAUUGGGUGGCGUAUCUAUAAUUGAUGUUGUAUCCAAUGAUGACGAUGAAAAAUCAUUGCCCUUUGAUUUACACGCCAAUGUCAUUUCAGAAAGUUAUAUAAUAGAGUAA